AUGUUACUCUCUUUACAUCCUGUUCAUUUGUCUUACUCUUUUUUUGACUCUGUUCCAUCUCUUUCUUUAUUUACCCCCUUUUGCUUUCUCUUGUUGCCAUCCUCCAUCUUUGUCCCCCUCCACCUGUCUCAUUCGGCUGCCUUUGUCCCCUUCUACUUGUCUGGUUCUCAUAUUUUUGUCAGCACUCAUCUAUGCCAUUCUCCUGUUUGUGCUAGCCUCCAAUCAUCUCUUUCACCCAGCUUUGACCCCUCUCACCCUUUUUGUUUGCUAGGCUCUGUCUCCACCACCACCUACCUCAUUUGCCCAUCUUUUUCCACACAAACUACUCAUUUGCCCAUCUAUGUCUCCAUCCAAAUGUCUCAUUUGCCCACCUUUGUCAUCUCCACCCAUCUUUGUCUCCUUCACCUAUCUCAUUCCUUCUUCUUUGCCCCUCAUUGUUUUUCUCAUUAUCCAUGUCUAUUUGUCUUCCCCUCCCACUCUCUUCCUCUUUGCUGUCUCCCCUCCCACUCUCUUCCUCUUUGCUGUCUCCCCUCCCACUCUCUCAUUGUCUUCCCUCCCACUCUCUCAUUGUCUUCCCUUCCACUCUCUCAUUGUCUUCCCUUCCACUCUCUCAUUGUCUUCCCUUCCACUCUCUCAUUGUCUUCCCUGCCACCCUCUCCGUCUCUCUGCUUUCUCCCUAUUUCUCCCUUUACCUUCCCCUUCCACUGCCUCUCACUUUCACUUUACCUUCCUAACACUAUCACUUCCUCUCUUUGA